UGUUUUUGAGUCCUACAUCGUUUGCUUGGUUGGUGUAAGAACAUAGUUUUGAGUUUUGACAUUGUUUUCCCAAUUUUUCUUUUUCGAUACUUUUCAUAACCGAUUCACUUCUUGUGUAGUGUGUCUCUUUUAACAAAAGUAAAAAUUACUCAAAAAUGAGAAAGUGGAAAUUCAGCUUCUUCAAGGAUCUUCGUGCAGUUCUGUUCCUUGUAUCGUUUUGUUUUUUGUUACAGAGCUUUGGUUUGUGCUGUUCUUUGAAUGAUGAAGGUAAAGCUCUUUUGAAGUUCAAGCAGGGAAUUGUGAGUGACCCUUUUGAUGCUUUGUCAAAUUGGGUUGAUGAUGAAGUAGAGGUUGACCCUUGUAAUUGGUUUGGGGUUGAGUGUUCUGAUGGAAGAGUUGUGGUCUUGAAUUUGAAAGACCUUUGUCUUGAAGGAAAUCUAGCACAUGAGCUUGGGAGCCUUGUACACAUAAAGUCCAUAGUUUUGCGGAAUAAUUCUUUUCAUGGGAUCAUUCCUAAAGGAAUUCUACGCUUGAAGGGAUUGGAGGUUUUGGAUUUGGGCUACAACAACUUCAGUGGACCUCUACCUAAAGAUAUUGGGAGUAAUAUCUCACUAACAAUCCUUUUGCUGGACAACAAUGAUCUUCUUCAUGGUUUCUCUCAUGAAAUUAAUGAAUUGACAAUGCUUUCUGAAUCUCAAGUAGACGAAAACCAGCUAGUUAGUGCAGGAAAAUUGCCAGGUUGUACAGGAAGAUCUGCCAAAUGGCAUAUUCGCCAAAGUAGAGAAGGUGUUCGGAGCCUACUGCAGAAAAGUAUUCCUGCUCGUGAUGAUCCUCAUAAUCGUGCAGCGAUUCUUCCUGAUAGCCCUUCUCUUUUGCCUUCUCCAUCACCAUCACCAUCACCAUCACCAUCUCCAUCUCCAUCUCCAUCUUCAUCUUCAUCUCCAUCUCCAUCACCUUCCCCAUCUGUCUCAAAAAGACCACCAAUAGUGACGAAGCCACCCACCCUGGAUCAAAAUGUUUCUGAUUCUCCUUCUCCCCGGCCUGCACAAGGCUCUAUACCACUAUCCAAAAGCAACUCAUCAAAGAAAGGUCACAUGCCUAUUUUGGCUGGGGUUGCGGGUGGUGCUGUAUUUAUUAUCAUUUCAAUCAUUGUCUUAUAUCUUUGUAAAACAAACAAGGUCGCUACCGUUAAACCAUGGGUAACAGGAUUAAGUGGACAACUUCAAAAGGCAUUUGUGACAGGUGUGCCAAAGCUAAAGAGAUCAGAGCUCGAAGCAGCAUGUGAAGAUUUUAGUAAUGUAAUUGAUACUUCGCCCACUGGUACAGUUUACAAAGGGACUCUAUCUAGCGGUGUCGAAAUAGCUGUGGCCUCUGUUACAGUGACAUCAUUGAAAAAUUGGUCAAAGACUUCAGAAGUCCAAUUUCGUAAGAAGAUUGAUUCAUUAUCAAAGAUGAACCACAAGAAUUUUGCAAAUCUCCUCGGAUAUUGCGAAGAAGACUUGCCUUUCACCAGAAUGGUAGUUUUUGAGUAUGCCCCAAAUGGAACACUUUUUGAACAUUUACACAUAAAAGAAGCUGAGCAUUUGGAUUGGGGAACAAGACUUCGAGUCGCGAUCGGCAUGGCUUACUGCCUGCAACAUAUGCACCAGUUGGACCCUCCUCUGGCCCAUAGCAACCUAAAUUCUUCAUCUGUCCAACUCACCGAAGAUUAUGCUGCCAAAAUCUCAGAUUUGAGUUUCUUGAACGAAAUAGCUUCGUCCGAUGUAAAAGCUGCUGCAAGGAAACUCGCGGACACGACAUUAGCAAGUAACAUUUACAGCUUUGGUAUUACAUUACUCGAAAUGAUAACGGGCCGUCUUCCUUAUUCCAUGGAUAAUAAAGACGGCUCACUUGAAAAGUGGGCUUUACACUAUUUACAAGGGAACCAGCUUCUCAAAGAACUAGUUGAUCCAACACUUGCAUCCUUUCAAGAAGAACAACUAGUACAAAUUUCUGAUUUGAUUAAGUCUUGUGUCCAUGCUAAUCAAGAUCAAAGACCAACAAUAAAACAAGUUUGUGAGAGAUUAAGAGAGAUAACAAAAAUAAGUCCUGAAGUAGCUGUUCCAAAACUUUCACCACUUUGGUGGGCAGAACUUGAGAUUGCUUCGGUAGAUGCCAGCUGAAAUCACGAAAGCGGAUUGUAAGUAUGGAGUUUUUAUCAUUCUCAUCCUUUUUCCAAUGGUGAUGGCUCUAUAAAAAAGUACUCACCUGUAAAUUGAUAUCUAUUGUAUCUCUUGUAGGAGAGUGGCAAAUCAUAUGUACAUAAGGGAGAUAACAAAAACCCAUUUUUUGGUUGCUUUGUUUAAUUAUUAUGGUUUAUGGAAUUGCAGUAACAAAAGGGUGUCAUAGAUCAGUUAAUUUCAUUUGUUCAAUUGUAUGGUUGAUUAAAGAUAUUUUUUUAUUAUAGUUCUUGAUGGCAAAUUAGCAAUAAUAUGAUUUUGGUUGAAA